CCCCUGUCAAGCUCGCUCAACCAACAACCACAAUCUCGCAGAUCACACACAGACUCACGACUGUCACUCUAGACAAUUUUAACCUUCAUCGCUUGAGUCAGCACCGCAUACACCCUGUCUACUGCCAAGCAGACAAUAUCGCAUCAUGUCGGACGCAGAGUACAAGGAGGCUUUCGCUCUCUUCGACAAGAAGGGUACUGGUCACAUUGCGAGGGAGAGCUUGGGAGAUCUGCUUAGAGCCCUUGGACAGAACCCGACUCAGGCUGAGGUCGCAGAGCUGGCUGCCAGCACCGGAAAGGAUGUGGACUUCAAGACAUUCCUCGACAUUCUUCACAGGCCCAAUGGCUUCAAGCCGGCAGGAACUCCAGAGGAGUUCAUCCGAGGCUUUCAAGUGUUUGACAAGGAGGGUAACGGGUUCAUCGGAGCAGGGGAGCUGCGCUACGUGCUUACUUCGCUGGGAGAGAAGCUGACGGAUGAGGAGGUGGACGAGCUGCUCAAAGGUGUCCAGGUUGGCAGCGAUGGCAACAUCCACUACGAGAGCUUCGUCAGACAAAUUCUUAGCCAGUGAAGAAGGGUUGCGCUGAGCGCCACUGUCCAGAUCUUCAUGGGCUAGCUACGAAUGACCGACCAUCUCGGACUGUAUCAAGUACGACGCGCGCCUCCAAGAUGUGAAGCAAUCAAUAUUGAAUGCUUGAAA